AUGAAUGAGAAGAGCUACUGCUGCCUGUACAGCCACAGUUACUGUUUUUUGGGUGACUCUGUUAUUACAGUGCAACUGACUGAGGAAGAUAAAGUUGAAGAUGAUGUAGUUUUUUACUUGGUCUUCACUGGGUCAACUGUCCAACACUGCACAAGUACGAGAAAGAUUAAUCCUGGGAGCCUGGAGACAAUUUCUCCUGGCCAUGACUGCUGUGAGACAGUGAAGGUGGCGCUUUGUGCCUCUAGAGAAGGUCAUCCUGUUCUCGUUGUGGCAGAAGAGAGUUUCCAGUUUGUCCAGGAUGAAGCCUAUGAUGCUGCCCAGUUUCUGGCCACCUGUGCCGGCAACCAGCAGGCACUAAAUUUCACCCGGUUCUUGGACCGGUCAAGACCACCUGCUGCGGACGUGGACUUUUUGGAUGAGAAGGUGGCUUUGGCAUUUCGACACCUGAAGCUGCCGGCAGAAUGGAAUGUGCUGGGAGCAGACCAGUCCCUGACCGAGAACAUCCCUCGGGAAACUCUGAUGCAUUUUGCGGUGAGGCUGGGUCUGCUGCGGCUGACGUGGUUUCUGCUCCAGCAGCCAGGUGGAAGAGGAGCUCUCAGCAUCCACAACAACGAAGGGGCAACGCCUGUAAGCUUGGCCUUGGAGAGGGGCUACCAGAAGCUGCACCAGCUUCUGACAGAGUAA